UCAGUAUCCUCCAUGUGUUUCCUGUGGAGGUGUGGCAUUAUGUGGUAAUGGUCAUGCAGAUAUUGUUCUCUCAGUAUAGUGACCACAGAUCAGACUGUAAACUCUGUGCAGGGGAGUUUGUGUCCCGAGCAGCUGGAGGUCUGUACAGCAUGACGGGAUGGCACUGAGGAGUCUCUCGUACAUGCCCUCUGCAGAAGCGCUUUUAGGAGCAUGGUGGUACCAUUGGUUUCUCUGCUUGGGGCUGCCUCUGGUGGUCCCAAAUUCUUCACCAGUUCCAUCACAGGACACCAACAGCUUUACCAGAGGGUUCCUGGGCCUGGAUAAAUGCAAUGUUUGUGUGGGCACUUCCAUAUGCAAGAAGCUUUAUAAAGAGCAAAUAAGGUUUGAAAGGUGGCUGCCUCCUCAACUGCAUUUGCCCUCAGAUAACAGGACAUCUUACGAGGCAAAUUACACAGAUGACUCGGAAACCUGGAGGCCUGUUGUGCUGUCACGCCUGGUUUCCCCCGACCUGCACCAACUGGCUGACAAAAACAUUUGCAUCUCAGCAGGCAAAAGGAAAUCCUGCAGCAUUGAGGCUGUUUUAAGAGCAACACCACGGUUCCAGAACUUAGACAAGUCCAAUAUCCUGUUACCCAGUAUGGUGCAGGGUCUGGUCACACCCAUGCUGCGCUGCCCAUCUCAGAGGCUGCUGGAUCGAAUUGUGCACCGCUACUUUGAAGUGGCUGAUGUGGGAAGUGUACAGAUGAAGCACUUCACCAGUAAGGACAAGCUCAGACUGCUGUACACACUGGCUGUAAAUCAACAGCCUCUUAUACUGCAGAUGUUUCCAGGCACUGAGGGCUGGCCCUUCCCGCGCUAUCACGGCUCUUGUGGCAGGCUGAUGAUGUGGGCAGGCUGCAGACCCCUGAGGAACUUGUACCCAUCACCACUGGCACACAGGUCUGAUGCUGCCUACCAGAUCCUCCACACCACCCAAAGUCUGGCCUCCAAUAGCCUCCACUUCCACCUUUAUUACACCAGUGUUUCAGAGGACAUAUUUGGUAUAGCAGAGGAUGGAAGGAUCUUCAUCAUGGAUGCCAGCACAAUCGGGAUCAUCGACUUGAAGGAGGGGUUCCAAACUGAGGCGGAUACACAGAACCACACAGACGUGUUCUCAUGUCUGAGUGGCUCCUGCACAAGAACUCCUCCCUGUGAGAGCAUUCGUCCCUCUCAGAGCUUUACUUUAAUCUGCAGACAUGUCCUGUCCAAACUGCUCACUUCUACGGAUGUGCAGUCGUCUGGACUGCCCAGAAGAGUCAUCACAGAGUUGACUGUAUGUGCAGACCCAACACAAUCCGAUCAGAAGAUACACAAAGCUGUUCAAAUACUUAAGGACACACUACAGCCCUUCAGGCCAUGCAAUAUCAGUUAUGGAUACAGGUAUCCUGAAUGCAGGUAUAGUGACAAGUUCUAGAGCAUCAUUUGUGAUC